GAACGACCUCACGCCUUUUGCAUUUCCUCUGCUUCCAAACCCUCCUCAUCUCCCUCCAUCCCCGCCACGUUACACCUCUUUGCCUGGAGCAAAGAUUCUGCGAAUCGAUUCCCAUCCGAAUAAAAGUAGUCGAUCUACUUCAUUUAUUCGCACACGGACGAGUAUAGCGGUGUCGUACAGAGUGCCCCGCGACGUCUCGAAAGCAAUUUAAAUUGCACUCCCGCCCAAUAGCGACAGCAAGUCUACCAUAUUGCAGAACGCAACAGCAACCGCCAAAAUGGAUGAGCAAGUCGAUUUGUCAACCAUUCCCAUCGAUCCCAAUGGAAAGGAGGAGGCUGGUCAGACCGACACUGGCAAGCCUGUCACCGUCUUUCACGACAAGGAUAACUUCAACGUCAAGCACCCCCUUCAGAACAAGUGGACUCUGUGGUUCACAAAGCCUCCCAGCGGCAAGGGCGACAACUGGAAUGAUUUGCUGAAGGAGGUCAUUACAUUCGACUCCGUUGAGGAGUUCUGGGGUGUCUACAACAACGUCGCCCCCGUUUCCGAGCUUGCCCUUAAAUCCGAUUACCAUCUCUUCAAGGCUGGCGUUCGCCCCGAGUGGGAGGACCCCCAGAACAAACACGGCGGCAAAUGGUCGUACCAGUACAAGGAGAAGCGCUCUAUUGAUGUCGAUCGUUUAUGGCUCCAGGUUAUGAUGUCCGCCAUCGGUGAGACUCUGGAGGAAGAGCAUGACGGUGAAGUCAUGGGCGUUGUUGUCAACGUGCGCAAGGCCUUCUUCCGUAUUGGUGUCUGGACACGCACCAUUGGCAAGAGCAUUCCUGGCCGUGGUGAUGGCGAUGUUGCUGGAGGAAAGGGCCGAUCUAACGAGAAGGGCCGCGAUAUCCUCCUCACCAUUGGCCGCCGCUUCAAGGAGGUCCUUGAGCUCCCCGCCAGCGAGCAGGUCGAAUUCUCUGGUCACACCGACAGCGCGCAUUCCGGCAGCACCCGCGCCAAGGCGAAGCACGUUGUUUAAAGGAAGAAAGUGGCCGAUGUGGCGUAUAUCAUUCGCUACGAAAAGAACCAAUAUCAGCAGCUCAACCCCCCGCAUUGUUUUUAUAUGUUUCUUUAUCGACCUUGAGUACUGGCUGGAAAGGCUGACGCCCUAUCUGUGCGGGGGUGAAAAUUUGGUCCAUCACAGCUGAUUGCAUUUGUAGAAAGGCAGUGGGACGUGCAUUGCUUGGUGCAAGUAUCACGGCGGCGUUGCUUCGAAGCUUUGUUUUCUUUGCGCUCAUGAGGACUUUUACGAAGAGAUGUGGCCUCUCAAAAAAGUUUAGCCACGCUAAAAUAGAUUUCUAAUUCUCUUUUACUGCUUAUUACAUAUACUGUUGCUUCUGUUUUCGCAGGAGAUGUUCUAAAAAAUCAUAAUGCUAUGCUAAUGCCCUGUAGCCUGCCGUUGUGCGGUGCAUGCCAACGCGUGUUUGCAUGGAAGCGCUUACAUUUCAUCUCCGCUAUGCUCAUCAAUAAAGAUGGAAGCAACUAGCUGCUUCUUAUUAAUCUUACCCAUGGCGUUUCGUGGGAUAUGCUCCACCACCUUCAUGACUUGGGGGAUCUUGUAGUUUGCCAGGCGAUUGCGCAACGCCCUGCGCAUGUCCAUUGGACUCCAUUUUUCGACAACUUCACUGUUCAAAAUGAGAACAGCUCCAACUUUCUGACCCCAUUUGCCGCUGGGCACUGCCACAACAGCCGCUUCGGCAACCUCAGGAAGGGAAAGCAGCUCUCUCUCAACCUCGAGAGCGCUCACCUUUUCACCUCCAGUCUUGAUAAUGUCAGCUGACUUGCGGCCUUGGAUAAAGUACAUCGGGCCGCGGGCCCAAGCUUGGUCGCUCUGGCCGACACCAGGUACAACGCGGCGAAUAGCGACAUCGCCAGUCUUGAACCAGGGUCCUUUGCCAUCUUCACCUUCGACGAAUUCCUUGGCAGUGGCUUCCGGAUUGCGCCAGUACUCUUUGAAAAUGGUUGGACCGCGAAGCUGGAUUUCACCCGAGAUUUCACGACCACUCUCAUCGAUCUCUUGGCCGGGUUGAACCACUUCGCCAGUAUCAAGGUUGACGAGUCGCGCUUCCACCGACGGCAGAGGCCAUCCUACACUGGCGUCUACACGGUCGGAAUAAUCAAGACCACAGCUCAGGGCCAUGCCAACUUCAGUCAUUCCGUAUCGCUCAAGUAAAACGUUGCCGUUGCUCAGCUCGGACCAGGCCUGCUUGGUAGGCGUGGGGAGAGCAGCAGAGCCGGAGAUGUUUACGCGCAUGUUUUCAGGCGAGAUUGCUUCUCUUGUGGCCUUUUGUAAUUCGGGUGAAAGAUUCUUGUGUGUUGUGAGCAAUCGGUUAUAUACUGUGGGUACGACGGUGAAAAAGGUAAUCUUCUGGGACGUUGGAACGGCGUUGUGUAGGAACGGCUUGGCGAGCCGUUGCCAAACAGCAUCUGGGUUAAACGGGAACAUAAACUCAAUCGAAGAGCCGGCGAGUAGGGGUGUAAGAACGGCGUUGACGGUGCCAUGAAUAUGGUGGAGCGGCAAGACGUGCAAUAAACGGUCGGAUGUGCUGUAUUUCCAUGCUUCGUUUAAUGACUGGCAUUGAGCGGUCAAUGCUGAUUGAGGCAGCAAUACUCCUUUCUAGAAGGCGUUAGUACAUAGUAUAUAUGCUAGACAUAAAGACUUACAGGACGGUUGGUGGUGCCCGAAGUGUAAAGCAUCAGCCCCGAGGAACCGGCGUUUUCACCCUCCAGUGGAACAGCCUCAUGCUCGCUACUUUGAAGAUGCUUCUCCAGGAGCAGAUGUGUAGGCACAGAAUCAAGCCCUGUUUUUAAUACCUCCUCUGCUUUGGUGGAGAACUUUGGAGACGAUACUAAUAUCGACGCUUGGCUCUGGUUGAGGAUAUACUGUAGUUCAGGUGCGGGGAAUGCCGGAGAGAGCGGCAGCGCAAUGGCACGGGCAGCCAUGAUGGCCAGUAAUGUUA